AUGGACAGUGUUAUGCUUGAUGUGGAAGCCAUGAAGAAGCGUUUCGUUGGCGACGGUAAAACGGAUCCAGUCGCAGCGGUGAAAGAAAAGGCAAAAAGUGAUAUAAAGCCCCUCGAGGACAGUAUUAUGACUGAUCUGCAGACGCUGCACAACCUUCGGAAGAUGUUCAUUGUUGAUCUCCGUGGCAGGAUAAAGAAGCACAAAAUUUGCAAUGCAUGCUAUUUCAAUUACAAUCACUUUUUCCACGGCUACGAAAGCGUCCUGGAGAAUCGGCGCAAGUACGUUGUGUGCACAUUGGAUAAUUUCCAUUCUGUGCCACUGUCUACCCUGGGUCAGAGAACGCUGCCAAACUAUUUUUAG